UCAGGGCUGCCAACCUACUCAAAUCAGCUGCGACGCUUUGGCAAAUAUUUUCAACCUAAAAAUGGGAGAAGUUAAACCCGUAAAAAUGGAUAGCUGGGCUCCAUCUGAUGCAGCUACAAUAUUUGCAGAUGGGGAACGUGUGCUAUGUUUCCACGGGCCGCUUAUCUACGAAGCCAAAGUACUCAAAACAAAGCCCGAAAGUUCGCCAGUUGAAUAUUACAUACACUAUGCGGGCUGGAGCAAAAACUGGGACGAGUGGGUACCAGAGAGUCGUGUGCUAAAAUACAAUGAGGAUAACGUGAAGCGCCAAAAAGAACUUGCCCGAGUGUAUGGUGAACGCUCAAAGAAGGACAACAAGAAAGGCAGUGCAAAAGCCAAGAAAAUGGAGCAAGUUGGCAAUGAAUCUCGUGCAUCGACGCCCUCCAAAGAUGGAAACACAUCUUUGCCAGCAACUGGCACCAGCAGCAACGCUGCCAGCACACCCACGGUGGCUGCACCACCCACAGCUAAAAACGAGACUAUCAAUAACAGCAACAACACCAACACAAGCAGCAGCACAGCCACGACCACGACUAGUCGAAGUAAUCGCAAAUCCACACAAUCUGCCACAGCUGCGGUACGGCCGAGCACGCCCAGUACAACAGGCGGAGACAAAAAAGAUGAAUCAUCGGCGGCGGACAACACAGAAGAUGAGGUCGCUACGCCGGUACCGCCUAAAGCCAAACGCAUGAGCUCACAAAAUAGCAACAGCGACCUGCGUUCAUCCUUAACCGCCGGUAAUGGACAAGAUGCAAGCACCACAACAGCACAGCCGCAACAUCAGCCAACGACAACGUCAACAACAACUGCAACUGCUGCUGCUGGUGCCACUACGGAUGCGCCAUGUGUGGAGAGCGAGGAAACGUACACGGCAAAGUUAGAGGUGAAAAUCAAAAUACCCGAUGAACUCAAGCAUUAUCUUACCGACGACUGGUAUGCGGUAGUGCGUGAACACAAACUAUUGGAACUGCCUGCCAAGGUGACAGUGCAGCAGAUAGCUGACCAGUAUUUGGCGCACAAAAAGUCGGUGAAGUCGACCAGUGCCAGCAAAGAGGUGGCCAUAAACGAUGUGCUCGACGGCAUCAUCGAGUACUUCAAUGUGAUGCUUGGCUCGCAGCUACUGUACAAAUUCGAGCGCACCCAAUAUGCAGACAUAAUGCAAAAGCAUCCAGAUACGCCCCUGUCCGAACUGUAUGGCUCCUUUCAUUUGUUGCGCCUGUUUGUGCGACUUGGUUCAAUGCUGAGCUAUUCGGCGCUUGAUCAACCGGCUAUGCAAACGCUUUUAGCCCAUCUGCAUGACUUUCUCAAGUUUUUGGUGAAGAAUAGCGCAAUGUACUUUAAUAUGACAAACUUUAUCAAUGUUGAUCCGGAAUACGUGCGUAAUGCGCAGUAGAUGCAUUAAUAAAACCCGGCAUAUAAAUCAA